CCCUAUAAUUCGAACUUAAAAAUUUUAUGUAUUGAGUCGAGGCCUCCCCGCUUAACCCCCUUACGAAUCCUAACUUGAGAAUUGGCAAGUUAUGCUCACAAAUUAUUAAAAAUGCAGCCUGCACUUAAAAAUCAAUCGACAAGGCAAUUAUUAAGAACUUUCAGUUCAUGGUCUUUUGCCAUUAAAAAUGCAAAAUCACCUCAAAGAGCCUUGUCACUCUACGUUCAAAUGCAACGCCAAGCCAUUCCCUUCGACAGUUUCGCCAUUCUUUUCACUCUUAAAUCAUGCACCCAGUUGCGCAACCUUUCCCUCAUAUGCCACCUACAUGCCCAUCUCCUCAAAUUAGGCUUUAAUAUCCACGUGUAUGUUGCCACCUCUCUGCUUAAUGCAUAUGCUGUAAACUCGUUUGACUGUGCAUACAAGCUGUUCGAUGAAAUUCCCGUGAGAAAUACUGUCACGUGGAACACGAUAAUAACUUGCUUUUCUCGUUCCGGGGAUGUUAAAGGAGCGAGGAAGAUGUUCGAUCAGAUGCCUUUGAGAGACCUAGCUUCGUGGUCGGCAAUGAUAGCUGGAUACAUGAACAAUGGGCAUUGGGAGGAAGGUGUGGCGCUCUUCCAAGAAAUGGUUAUGUUUGAACAACUAAAGCCUGAUCAAGUGACCAUUGGGCCAAUAUUGGCGGGCUGUUCUGAAAUGGGUUCAAUUGGUUUGCUCCUUGGGAAAUCAGUGCAUAGUUUUGUCGUGAAGAAUCAUUGGGAACUUAAUGUUGAGCUUGGUACUUGUUUAGUAGACAUGUAUGCUAAAUGUGGAUUCUUGAAUUUUGCUUCUCUGGUUUUCGAUAUGAUGAAAGACAGAAAUGUCGUUACUUGGACUGCUUUAAUUUGUGGAGCAGCAAAACAUGGUUUUGGAACUGAAGCUUUGGAGAUAUUCAAGAAAAUGAGACAAGGGGGUGUGCUACCUAACGAGUUUACGUUCACUGGGGUACUUAGUGCUUGUGUACAAGCAGGGCUGGUCGAUGAAGGUCGUGGAUAUUUCAAAAUGAUCAAAGAGUGUGGACUGAGACCAACAAUUCAGCAUUAUGGCUGCAUGGUUGAUUUAUUUGGGAAGGCUGGGUUGUUAGGGGAAGCAUAUGAAGUUAUCAAUACUAUGUCACCCGAGCCUAACAUAGUUAUUUGGGGUUCCUUUUUGUCAUCUUGCAAGUUGCAUAAACAAUUUGAGAUGGCAGAGCGAGUGAUUGAGAGGGUCAUGAAUGUGGUGAGGCCAGAGAACGAUGGAGGGGUUUAUACCCUUAUCUCAGACUUGUAUGUUUUGGGUGGUAAAUGGGCAGAAGCCGAGAGGGUGAGGCAGUUGAUGCUCCAUCAACAUGUGAGGAAAGCCAGAGGAUGUAGUUUUAUACGAAAUAAUACAAUAUGAAGUAUUAAACAGCAGCAGAUUCUUGUUUAGAUAAUGCUCUGGUCAAGAAAGUUUUUAUUUCUUCUUUCUGUUCUUGAAGUGACUUUCACCGACAGUAGAAUUAGGAAGGCGGAGGAAUUAUCAUGCUAAGACGAAGAAAGAAGCAACUUGUAAUUGCAGAAAAAACUAAGUUACUGGAAAAAAGAUGCCACAUGUAGGAAGGUGGCAUGUCUCCCUUCUUCCUCACACAAAAGUAUAAUUCUUGUAUUUAUGCCCCAAUGACGCCAAUUGAAUCUAUAUGGUUCUUUAGCAGAAUGUGGAAGAUCAUGAAAGGUCGAAAUCAGUA